AUGAAAGGUCGUAGCACUUUAUUAUUAUUACUUGCUGCUGCAAUAAGUGCAUUCGAGGCAGGAACGCCAUACCUCGACCUGGAAUACGUCGUCAAUGGCGAGAAAAGGUCCGGAAGAGUCACCUUCGAGCUCUAUUGGGACGAGGCACCCAGAACAGCCAGGAAUUUCUAUGAGCUUGUAAGGGGAACACAGAUCAAUGGCGAGCUCUACAAGUACGAAAACAGCGAGUUCCACAGAAUCAUCCCGGGGUUCAUGAUGCAGGGCGGCGACAUCGUCAACGGAGACGGCACAGGCUCCAUUUCAAUAUACGAUGGAAAGCUGUUUGAGGAUGAGGAAUUCAUAAGGACCCACAGCAGCAUCGGGAAGCUGUCGAUGGCCAACCGCGGGCCAAACACCAACGGGUCCCAGUUCUUCAUCACAUUCGGCCCGCAGCCCCACCUCGACCGCAGGCAUGUUGUGUUUGGAAACGUUAGUCAGGAAUGCAUUCCCCUGAUAGAGUCCAUACAAAGGGUGGACAUCAGCCACACCAAGCCUGUGGCUCCUGUGAGAAUAGUGAGGUCUGGAAUAGUGGAGGAAGACGAAAAGGAGUAUCUUUAG